AAAAAGCUUGGUACUCAUUUCCUAUACCAAAAAAAGAAGAAGCGAGGUUUCAUCUUCACAGCGUUUGAGACUUCUCUCUCUCUCUCUCUGCAAAGACGCUACCUUUCACACCUCUGAUCCGUGCAAAUGAGAUGGCAUCUCCACAGAAUGUCGAGUUGGAGGCUGCCAAGUUUCUGCAUAAACUUAUUCAAGAUUCUAAAGAUGAGCCAGCCAAAUUGGCUACUAAACUUUAUGUGAUACUACAACAUAUGAAAUCGAGUGGGAAGGAACAUUCGAUGCCAUAUCAAGUGAUAUCAAGGGCGAUGGAGACUGUGAUCAACCAACAUGGUCUUGAUAUUGAAGCAUUGAAGUCAUCACGUCUUCCUUUAACUGGUGGUCCUCAAAUAGGAUCUUCUUCACAAGUUGUGGGUGGUGCAAAGGAUUCCAGAGCAGGCUUGGCUGAAAAUGAGGCUCCCAAAAUGGAACCCUUUGCUUCUGGUCGACCCCCAAUUGCCCCAACUGGUGGAGCUCCUGAUUAUUAUCAAGGAACUGUAGCUCAGCGGAGUAAUCAAUCUUUUGAUCAAGGAAGUCCAUCUAGUUUGGAUUCUAGGUCUGCUAACUCACAGUCACAAGACAGACGUGAUGCUGCCAACUGGGACAAACAGGUGAAUCAAAAGGAUGGUAAGAAAGGUGUCACAAAAAGAAAGAGGGGGGAUUCAACAUCACCUGUGGAAAUGCAUGUUGAUAGUUCUUCUCUAGUGGAUCCUCGCAACACUGGUGUCACUACAAGGAAGGGGAAAAUGACCAAGGCCGAACCAUCAGAUGGUAUUCCAGCUAAAAGUGGUGAAAUGACCAACUAUAAUGCGGUUCCAAAUAAUAGUCAAAUGGAGGUCUCCUCUGCACAUAUUGCUCCAGGGAAGCUGCAAGGUGGUUCCCUACUUUUUACACAUGUGAUUAGAGGUGCUUAUGCUAGGGUUCAUGGAGGGAUGGCUGGUCCUGCUAAUGUGCCUGUAAUGAACGAACCAGAUAAUUUUAUGAUUGGUAGGCAAAAUAGUGGCUCAGAAAUGACUAUGCUUAGACAAGGUGUUCCCCCUAGAGAUACAGGAAAAUCCCCAGUUCCUGCAACUUCAUCUGCUACGCCUUUCAAAGAAAACCAGUUAAAACAGCUUCGGGCUCAGUGCCUUGUUUUUCUCGCAUUUAGAAAUGGUUUACCCCCAAAGAAACUACAUCUGGAAGUUGCUUUUGGAACCUUCUUUUCUAGAGAAGAUGGUUCUAAUAAAGAUCUUAAUGACCCCAAAGGAAAAUCACAGUCUUUUAAUGAACCUGGUAACGCACCAGGGGUCAUAAUGCCAUUUGGAAAUUCAAGUAAUCUGAGACAGACUGAUAAAACCCCUCCAGGGGCCUCCUCUGCUGGAAAGUUUCUAGAGGCUGAGUCUUUGUCGAAGGGAACCGAGGGCCCAAGAAUGUUAGAAGACAAAGGUAACCUUCACUCUGACAUCCAAACACCAUCAGAAGACAGGAAACAUCUAGCCGCAAAAAGAGAUGUUGAAAGAAGAAUCCAAGAAAGAGUGUCUGGACAAUCUUCUUCAGCCACUCCAUAUCUGCAGAAAGAUUCUUCUAGUCAUUUGGAUGAUAGUGACAAUGGUAACCUGACAUCUGGAAGGGCUAACCAACCUUCUGUUGUAGGUCUGAAUAACUGGACUGGAUUUACUAGCGAGGCUUCAAAGGGACCUCCACAGAUCUCAACUAUUCAACAUGAGUUGCCUAUAGAAAGAAGAGAAAAUAUUCCUAGUCAGUUUCAGAAUGUUAGUAACAGUCUUGGUUCCUGGAAUCACAAUUCUGUUAAUCACUUGACUUCUUAUUCUUUAAAAGAGCACUGGAAACCUGUUCCCGUGAUUGAUAGCAAUCCCCAUGGAGUAACCAUGAUGAAGGAGGGAAAUGCACUUGGCAAAAAUGUUUCUGGAGAUCAAGGAGGGAAUGAGAGGUCAGUAUCAGCUGAUUUGCCGUCUUCUAAAAAAUUUACAAUGUCAGAGAGAUGGAUUAUGGAUCAGCAGAAAAAGAGGCGUCUAGUUGAGCAAAAUUAUGCUCAAAAACAGCAGAAAGCAAGGGAAAAAAUGACUACAUGUUUUUACAAGUUAAAGGAAAAUGUGAGCUCAUGUGAAGAUAUUUCUGCUAAAACAAAAAGUGUCAUAGAGUUGAAAAAACUUCAACUAUUCGAUCUCCAACGUCGACUUCGGAGUGAUUUUCUGAAUGAUUUUUUCAAACCAAUUACAACUGAGGUGGAACAUUUGAAAUUAAUUAAGAAAAGUAGGCAUGGUAGGAGAAACAAACAACUUGAAAGGUAUGAGCUGAAAAUGAAGGAAGAGCGACAGAAGCGGAUUCGUGAAAGGCAGAAGGAGUUUUUCAGUGAGAUAGAAGUUCACAAGGAAAAACUUGAUGAUAUAUUCAAAACCAAGAGAGAACGGGGGAAGGGUUUCAAUAAAUAUGUGAAGGAGUUCCAUAAAAGAAAAGAACGUAUUCAUCGUGAGAAAAUUGAUAGAAUCCAGCGGGAGAAGAUUAAUUUGCUAAAAAUAAAUGACGUGGAAGGUUAUCUUCGAAUGGUACAGGAUGCAAAAUCAGAUCGUGUGAAGCAACUCCUUAAAGCGACUGAAAAGUACCUUCAAAAGCUUGGGUCCAAGCUACAGGAAGCAAAGGCUGCUGCAGGACGUUUAGGGCAUGAUGUUGAUGAUGCAGGAUGUACCAGUUUUCUUGAGAAUAGUGAAACUACUUUGGUAGACGAGGAUGAAAGUGACCAGGCAAAGCAUUAUAUGGAAAGUAAUGAGAAGUAUUAUAAGAUGGCCCACAGUGUAAAGGAGAGCAUUGCAGAACAGCCAUCUAUUCUGCACGGCGGAAAAUUAAGGGAAUAUCAAAUGAACGGUCUGAGGUGGUUGGUUUCGCUAUAUAACAAUCAUUUGAACGGAAUCCUUGCAGAUGAAAUGGGUCUGGGCAAAACAGUCCAGGUGAUUUCUCUAAUUUGCUACCUGAUGGAAACCAAAAAUGAUAGAGGACCAUUCCUUGUUGUCGUACCCUCUUCAGUUCUACCCGGUUGGGAGUCAGAGAUAAACUUUUGGGCUCCUAGUAUUCAUAAAAUUGUCUAUGCUGGACCGCCAGAGGAGAGACGUCGGUUAUUCAAGGAAAGGAUUGUUCACCAGAAAUUUAAUGUUCUUUUGACAACGUAUGAAUAUCUGAUGAACAAGCAUGAUAGACCAAAGCUGAGCAAAGUACAUUGGCAUUAUAUAAUAAUUGAUGAAGGCCACCGCAUAAAGAAUGCUUCUUGCAAGUUGAAUGCUGACUUGAAACACUACCAGAGCUCUCACAGAUUGCUGUUAACUGGAACACCAUUGCAGAACAAUCUUGAAGAACUAUGGGCACUACUUAACUUCUUGUUGCCUAACAUAUUCAAUUCAUCGGAGGACUUCUCUCAAUGGUUUAAUAAACCAUUUGAGAGUACUGGAGAUAACUCACCCGAUGAAGCUUUACUGUCUGAGGAAGAGAAUCUCUUGAUCAUAAAUCGUCUGCACCAAGUUUUGAGACCAUUUGUACUUCGGAGGCUUAAACACAAGGUUGAAAAUCAGCUGCCUUCGAAGAUUGAGAGACUUAUAAGAUGUGAGGCUUCUUCAUAUCAAAAACUUUUAAUGAAGAGAGUGGAAGAUAAUCUUGGAGCUAUUGGCACUUCAAAGGCUCGGUCAGUUCACAACUCUGUCAUGGAGCUUCGAAAUAUAUGCAAUCAUCCAUAUCUCAGCCAGCUUCACACAGAGGAGGUAGAUAACUAUAUACCUAAGCAUUAUCUGCCACCAAUUAUUAGACUUUGUGGGAAGCUUGAGACGUUGGAUCGUGUAUUACCUAAACUGAAGGCAACAGAUCACCGGGUUCUUUUCUUUUCGACGAUGACUAGGCUUCUGGAUGUUAUGGAAGAAUACUUAACUUCAAAACAGUAUCGAUAUCUCCGGUUGGAUGGGCAUACAUCAGGAGGUGACCGUGGUGCUCUAAUUGACCUAUUUAACAACCCUGAUUCCCCAUAUUUUAUCUUCUUACUCAGCAUUCGAGCCGGUGGUGUUGGAGUGAAUCUUCAAGCUGCUGACACAGUGAUUUUAUUUGACACUGAUUGGAAUCCCCAGGUUGAUCUGCAAGCCCAGGCAAGGGCUCAUAGAAUUGGUCAAAAGAGGGAUGUUCUCGUUCUUCGUUUUGAAACAGUAAAAACUGUUGAAGAACAAGUCAGAGCUUCAGCUGAGCACAAACUUGGUGUUGCUAAUCAGAGCAUUACUGCUGGAUUUUUUGACAAUAAUACAAGUGCUGAAGAUCGAAGAGAAUACUUGGAAUCCCUUCUGCGUGAGUGUAAGAAGGAAGAGGAUGCACCUGUUUUGGAUGACGAUGCUCUAAAUGAUGUCUUAGCCCGCAGUGAAUCAGAGUUAGAUGUGUUUGAGGCCGUUGACAGGAAAAGGAAGGAAUGUGAGCUGGCUACAUGGAAGAAAUUGGUGCUUGGGCAUGAAGCUGAUGGCUCCGAUGAUGUUAUUCCUCCUCCUCUUCCUCCUCGACUUGUCACUGAUGAAGACCUGGAGCAGUUCAAUGAAGCAAUGAAGAUAUAUGAUGUCGUGCCUAAGGGUGAGGUGGAAUCUAAUGGAGUAAAACGAAAGAGAGGAGCUCUUGGGGGCCUUGAUACUCAGCAUUACGGCAGAGGAAAACGUGCAAGAGAGGUACGUUCCUAUGAAGAGCAAUGGACAGAGGAGGAGUUUGAGAAAAUGUGUCAGGCUGAAACACAAGAUUCUCCCAAAGUAAAAGUGGAAGAGAUGAUCAAUACUUCCAGCCCUGUUGUAUCUUCUACAGUGACAACACCUAUUGCUACUGUCCCACAGCCUGCUUCUACUGUCCCACAGCCUGCUGCUACUGUCCCACAGCCUGCUGCUACUGUCCCAAAGCCUGCUCCUACUGUCAUGCAACCUGCUUCUGUGCCUUCAGUGGCCCCGACAUUGUCGUCUGUCGAAAGUUCGCCAGUGCAGCAAGUUAAAGAGAUAACAACAACACCAGCAAAACGUGGCCGUGGAAGACCAAAAAGAGUUGCUUCAGAUAAGUCACCAGCUGCCAUAAUCCCUCCAGUAACUUCUGGAAUUGUUGAAGUAAAUAAGCAGUUACAGAAGGGAAAUGAGCCUGAACGUUUAACAUCAUCUGCUCCUGAUUCUGUUGGUCGUUCUAUUGAAGUUACAGGUGUGGGUGGACCUAUGCAGCACUCUACUACAGGAGUGACUGCUAACAUACCUCUUGCGACUACUGUUCCACUUAAUUCUCAGUCAGCUGCAACUCCCAUGCCUACUAAUACAGGACCUGUGCAGCAGUCUAAUAUAGAAGUGGCUGCUAAUGCACUGCCUGCUACUCCUAUGCCUUCUCAGUCAGCUUCUGCUGCUGUUUCUGCACCUACUCAAGCAAAAGGACAAGGGCAGAAAACUCAGAGUGGGCGGGAAUUGCCUAGACGUAGAGGGAAGAAGCAGGUAAUGUCGCCUCCUGUACCAGCUGGUUCUGUUGGUCCCGAUGUCAAGGUCAACGAGCAAAUAAAAGAUAAAUUAGCGAAUCCUUCUUCAGGUCAGGGUAUUCCCCAGAGUGAAACUGUUCCUAGCAUUCCUGCUGUACACCAUCCAACUACAAUUUCAGGUUCAGUUUCUUCAAACCGUGGAAACGAUAAUUUGGGUGCUGGGGUUGUUUUGAAUUCUCAGACACCCCUUCCUUCGUCCUCUGUUACUACUCUGGCUCAAACUGCCCCCAAUUAUACACCCGUACAGUUGCAAAGUAAAGGGCAAAUUGGAGCUGGAGCUCCUCGGCGUAGGGGAAAGAAACAAGCAAUAAUGUCACCUCCUGUUCAAGUUGUUUUAGGUCUUCAGCAUGUGGAUCAAACUUCUAAUUUAUUGACUUCAUCGGGCAUUGUGGACGAUAAAGCCACUGAAUUGAAAAGCUUGCAGGAGAACAAUAUUCAAGAAUCAAAAUGUAUCAUCCAGGAUCAAGCAUCACAGAGUAGUCGGGAUUUAAAAUCAUUGGAAGAAUCAGACGAUUUAGCCAAGCAGGCAGUGACCCUGCCUUCGUGUGAAGAUAGUAAAGUCAAUCCUCCAGGACAAGAUUUAGCGAAGGUUAAGAAUGCUGAUGUUCAUGAUUCAAAAUCUUCUGAAAUCACCCCUUCUAAAAUUGAAGUUCAUGCUAAUUCAGGAAAUGAAAAUUUAUUUGUCACACCAUUGGCCACUACUGAUGCUACAAAAGAUCAACAUUCAGAUGGUAAAAUUCAUCAAACAGUUGUAGCUACUAAAAUCUCCCCGUUGGUUGUUGGCACUCCUACUAAAUCCUUGGUGGGUAGUAGUGCAACUACAGAAAGCAUUAGUGGAGCUGUAGAUCCUGUGACUGCACAGAAUGUUCCCAGUACAUUAAGCACAGUUAAUCCUUCGACACCAGGCUCUGAAUCUGUGUCAGCCAAAAGGCAAGGUCGUAACACUCAAAACAGAGUGGAGCCACCACGGCGCCGAGGAAGGAAAUCAGCUCCAGUUUUAUCUGCCACUCCUGAUGCUCAUGUUGGCCAAGAUCCUAAAUUAAGUCAUCAUGCUCAGAUUUCACCAGUGAGUUCGUUGGUGGGUAUAGCCACUUCAAAUGUUCCUAAAGCUCAGGCAGUUAAGAUCCUUUUGCCCAGUGGAGUAGCUAAUGAUUCCAAGAGAAAAGAGAGAGCUGCCGAUCCUGCCCAAAAUAAGCAACAGAAAGUUGUAUCAACAAGGAUUGACAGUGCACCUGUAUCCUCAGAUAAGAUUGCUGCUUUUGGCCGACUACAUAAUGUCAAUGAUGUUGCAAGGGUAAUGAAGGAAGUUUUCUCAGGAACUUGCUUGCCAAAGCCUAAAGCUGGGGUGGAGGCCUCUGGUAGCCAGAGUGUGGAAGAUAAAAAAUGUUCUGAUAUAGAAACUUCUGGGGCAGCAUGUCAUACUGGUAAUGUUGCUGCGAAAGUUCAUGAAAAACAAUCAGAAUUGGCAUCCGAUAUGCAGGUUCAUGAAAAACAAUCAGAAGUGGCAUCCGAUAUGCAGGUUCAUGAAAAACAAUCAGAAGUGGCAUCCGAUAUGCAGGUUCAUGAAAAAAAAUCAGAAGUGGCAUCCGAUAUGCAUAAUUUGGAAGGAAAAUCAAGUUUAGAUACGCCAACUACUGGAGCACUGAGCCUGACAACAGCCUUGCCAGUGAAGGGGAACAAGCAAGAAUCUGAUGUUGCAUCUGAUCAAAGCAUAAUUCUUGAGAACACUGCCCUACCUGAUAUCACAGAGAACACUUCUAAUGAAAAACUGGAGCCUUGUGAACCAUCUACGUCUUUUGCUUGUGAUGAUAACUCGAUGUUAGUGGGUCAGGCUGAAAUUUUGAGCAAUCAACCAAAGGUGACACCACCUAGUCCUGCAACAGAUCCUUAUUCAAGGACAUUGGUAGUUUGUAAUAUUUCUGAAAGUGCUGAAACUAAUUCUAGAAGUGAAACUGAGUCAUCUUUAAAAGCAUCUGCUGAACUCUCUCUUGAAGAGGGCAUUGUUGGGAAUACAAUUUCUGCAUCAUCUGAUCAUGAUAGAAAUAAUACCGAGCCUCCGCGUUUGAGCUUGGAUCCUGCAUCACCUUCUGAACCAUCUUCAAAAGCACUAGAACCCUCCAUGAAACAGCAUUCAGAGUCAUCUUCUGAAAAGGAAGGUCCUGUAAGCCCCAAAGCUGUUCAAGUUCAGAAGCGUCCAGAUGCAUUAGAACCUGCUAAUCUGCACGAGACUCCGCUGGUUAAGAGCUUUUCAGAGUCCCUUUCCGAGGAAAAAAGGGAUGUAGGUGAUUCCAUAAGUGAAGCUGUUGUGACCGAUAUAGUGAGUGUUUCUGAGACUGGCAGUCUUGGGGAAGAAACUGUGUCUGAAACUACAGUUCUACCCCCAUCAACCUUGGUAAAAGAACAAAAUAGGGGUUCAGUCCCUCUGGAGGAGUCAAUGGAGAAGGCUGUGGCUAACUGCUCUGGAGUCCAGGAGGAAGCAAAAGUUGAUAAAAUGGAAACUGACGGUCAAAUGGAUUCAUCCACAAGGGGAGUAUCAACUAUUUCAUCUUCAUCGGAUGGAUUGAAAGAUUCUAAAAUUGAGCAGGGUGAUAAAAAUAUAUUUGAGGUUGGAGAUGAUACAUUGAAGAUCUCGUCUCCUUCAGUAAAGAAAAACGAGAUCAGUUCAUCAGGUAAUGAUUGUUCAGAAGGCCAUUCAAUGUCUCAGAGGGUAUCAUUGUGCUCUGAUGACUUGUUUGGUAAACCAGGUGUUGGUCGGGUUGAUGAAUUAUCAACUGUCCCAGGUACUGUUCAGACUUCAUUGUCUCAAUUGAAGGAGGGACAAGAUAUUGGGGUAUCAUCCGACAAUAAAUUGGUUGCCAUGUCUGACUCCCAGAAAGACAUAGAGGGAUCCGAUGCAGGUCAGAUCAAUUGUUCUGAUAGGUUGCAAUCUGGCCAUCUAGUGACUGUCAGCCAGUCUAGUGAGGAUGCGUUGUUGUCGAUGAAAGGCACACAAUUAGAAGUUGAAAUUAGUGAUCAAAUAGAUGCUACUCAGGUUUCUGAACCCGAGGAUGAUCGAGAAAGGCUUACUAACAUGGGUGCACUGCCUUCUUGCUCGCCGGUGAAGGAAGAUAACGUCGAUGCGAUAAUUCAGGAUGAACAAAGAGAUCCUUUGAUUCUAGAGGGAAGUUGUAUAGAUGGCACCAAGGAUUCCGUUGCAAAUCCUUUACCACAAGAGGAAUCACAAUGUUCUGAAGCUGAGACGGUUCAUCAAAUAAAGGUAUCUGAUUGUGACAUGGUUGAUCCAGGGUUGACAUCCGAAAGCAUUGAAUUACCUUUGUCUGUGAUGGAUGAAGAUAAAGUUGAUGUAUCUAUUGAAAGGGAUAUCCUCUGCAACCCACUUGCUGGUGCAGCAUCAGAAGAGAAUCAAAUGGAUGAUAAUGAGGAAUCAAAGCCUUCAGAAGCUGAGAUUGGUCAUCAAAUUGAGGCAUCCGCAGAUAUUCCCGAAAGCUGUGCUGCUGAGAUUGCAAAUGCAUCUCAAGUUCCAAAUUCCUCAGCGUUGGUGGAAAAGGAGGAAGGCUUAUCUCCGAAAGGUAUAGAUGGAAGCACAACUGCCAUCAAAGCUGCUGUAGGAGAUGGAGUGGAUAUUUCCGAAAGCUGUGCUGUUGAGAUUGCAAAUGUUUCUCAAGUUCCAAAUUCCUCAGCAUCAGGGGAAAAGGAGGCAGGGGAAAAGGAGGAAGGCUUAUCCAAGAAAGGUAUAGAUGGAAGCACAACUAUAAUGAAGGCUGCUGUAGGAGACGGAGUGGAUAUUUCCGAAAGCUGUGCUACUGAGAUUGCAAAUGUAUCUCAAGUUCCAAAUUCCUCAGCGCCGGUGGAAAAGGAGGAAGGCUUAUCUCCGAAAGGUAUAGAUGGAAGCACAGCUGCCAUCAAAGCUGUUGUAGGAGACGGAGUGGAUAUUUCUGAAAGCUGUGCUGUUGAGAUUGCAAAUGUUUCUCAAGUUCCAAAUUCCUCAGCAUCAGGGGAAAAGGAGGCAGGGGAAAAGGAGGAAGGCUUAUCCGAGAAAGGUAUAGAUGGAAGCACAACUAUAAUGAAGGCUGCUGUAGGAGACGGAGUGGAUAUUUCCGAAAGCUGUGCUGCUGAGAUUGCAAAUGUAUCUCAAGUUCCAAAUUCCUCAGCGCCGGUGGAACAGGAGGAAGGCUUAUCUCCGAAAGGUAUAUAUGGAAGCACAGCUGCUAUCAAAGCUGCUGUAGGGGAUGGAGUGGAAAUUUCCGAAAGCUGUGCUGUUGAGAUUGCAAAUGUUUUUCAAGUUCCAAAUUCCUCAGCAUCAGGGGAAAAGGAGGCAGGGGAAAAGGAGGAAGGCUUAUCCGAGAAAGGUAUAGAUGUAAGCACAACUAUAAUGAAGGCUGCUGUAGGAGACGGAGUGGAUAUUCCCGAAAGCUGUGCUACUGAGAUUGCAAAUGUAUCUCAAGUUCCAAAUUCCUCAGCGCCUGUGGAAAAGGAGGAAGGCUUAUCUCCGAAAGGUAUAUAUGGAAGCACAGCUGCUAUCAAAGCUGCUGUAGGGGAUGGAGUGGAUAUUUCCGAAAGCUGUGCUGUUGAGAUUACAAAUGUUUCUCAAGUUCCAAAUUCCUCAGCAUCAGGGGAAAAGGAGGCAGGGGAAAAGGAGGAAGGCUUAUCCGAGAAAGGUAUAGAUGGAAGCACAACUAUAAUGAAGGCUGCUGUAGGAGACGGAGUGGAUAUUUCCGAAAGCUGUGCUGCUGAGAUUGCAAAUGUAUCUCAAAUUCCAAAUUCCUCAGCAUCGGGGGAAAAGGAAGAAGGCUUAUCUGAGAAAGGUGUAGAUGGAAGCACAGCUGCUGUAGGAGAUGGAGUGGAUAUUUCAUCUGUAUGCUCUUCAGCAGCAGUGAGUGAGCAUGUUGAGUGCUUGUCUGAGAAAGAUUUAAUUGGCAACUCUGAAGCUGAUGUAACUAAACAGAAUGAUGAAGUCGCGCAAGAAGAAAAUGCACCCAAAGACCGAGAAACACAGAAGUAAUCCAUCAAAAGUGUCUGAAAUUCAGUAUCAAAGGAACAUCAUUCAAAAUUCAGAUUGUAAAUGGAAUUGCCCCUGAGAAGAGUAGAGCUUGUGUGAGAAAGUAGAAGCCUGAGAAUCUGAAACGAAGUAAUGAAAUCAGUCCCUGUAUAUAUUAUAUUAUAUAUAUCAUGUAGGUGUUAUUUUGUAUAUAUAUGUUGUAAUUUAACUUCUAUAUAUCACCUUACUGGUUUAACUUGGAGUUGAUAUAUCUGGUACAACGACCAACAGAGACACAUUUGUUGAAACAGUAUUACAAGUCAACAACUAUUUGAAUGGCAUUAUUCCAUCCAAGGUUAAAUUUUAUCACAGAAUUUAUGUUGAA